UUAUAUUCUAAAGCACAUGUACUUGUUCAAUGACAACGCUUAUUCGCAUUCGUGACCCCGAUCGUCAUUGAUUGCCUUAUACACACCUGUGUAUAUCCGUACGUGCUGUCGUCGUCUAUAUUGACUUGUGCAUCAACAUUUGACUAACGCUGCAUCUGGAAGAUACCUGUAUUCCCAUAGCAACUGUACGUGUUAUGUAGUCUAUGAUUGACGAGUGAGCCUAUCGAUCUACCGUACGCACACCUCUGAUUGUGAACAUGCCGGCAAUUAAAUGGUUUCCGUUCUGGAGACAUAUACCAGCCAACUCUAAGUUUACCGUGCUCAUCACGUGCGGUGUAGUCGUUAUUGUCGUGUUCACUUUGAAACUGUUUUCGGAACUACAUUUUGCCGUACAACGUUCAUCGGCCCGUGGACCAUCAUGUGCCGAAAUCCAACAGGGGCACGACCGUCUGAUGGCAAGUGUAGAGUUUUCGGGGGGACUCGGAAACAUCAUGUUCCAGUAUGCAUUUCUCUACGUCACGUCCCGGGCCCACGGGUAUGAGAUGGUCGUUCCAAGUACCAAGGAACUAGAUAUAUUGAAAGAGGCGUUUGAAAUCGAUACUAGUUCAUUUGAGAAAACCGACUGGGAAAAAGAUCUAACAGCGAGGUGUUUUGACGUUAUUGAAGAUGAAUGGGAUUGUGCUUACGAUCCCAAGUUAGUGGAGAAGUCAAGAAAGAAUGUCCAUUAUAAAGGCUAUUUCCAGUCCUGGAAAUACCUGGUUACAUAUGAAGACGACCUUCGCCAAAUAUUCAGGUUUCGUCCAAGUAUUCUUAACGAUGCAGCUUCUGUUUUACAAAAAACAAUAGCUAGCAGAUUAAAUAGUUUAAACAGCACGGACGUUCGUCCGGUUUUGGUAGGGAUCCAUGUACGAAGGGGUGACUAUUUAGAUGAAAAAGAAUUUGUUGAUUUCGGUUAUAACAUUGCAGAUUAUGGUUACAUUGAAAAAGCAAUGGCUUACUUCCGGCGGAAAUACUCAAACGUUCUAUUUAUAGCGUGCAGUAACGAUGUGAAAUGGGUUAAAGCAGGUUUCGGAACGACAGCGGAUGUAUUCAUUGUGGAAGGCAAUUCGGCCGCCACGGACAUGGCGAUUCUCUCACUAACUAACCACACCAUAAUGACGGUGGGGACGUUUGGUUGGUGGAUCAGUUUUCUCACCAAUGGACAUACAGUAUACUAUAAAUAUCCAUUCCGUCCCGGAUCUUUACUCGGCGAGCAGUUCAAAGGUAACAUCGACACACACAUAUAUCCUAACUGGGUCGGAUUAGAGGGCGACAAUAGUAAUCUCAUGAAUAUAUUCACAGUAAGAUCUCCUUAAUAAGGCUUAUCAAAUACUCAACUUAGAAUAUGUAUGGGUUACUUUUCAGAAAUUAUGUAUAAGAGUUAUUAUCGUGCCAUGAAAAAGAGUUUCCAAUUCGUUGUUACAGUGUUCGGCAGAGGUAUUUCUCUAACGUUAUAAAUGACAGAAAAUUAGAGUUUUCACGAAUCGUGAAUGAUAUUGUAUAUCAGAGUCUAAAGUGGAAACGUUUCACAAUAUGCAGGGUCCUUUGACAUUGUUUGUUGUAACAGGAAUCCGGAUUAGGUAGGGUUUCAACGUAUACAUCAUUCAGAGUGAUAAACCAAUAUAUAUAUAGGGUCAAGCUUAGUAAGGUUUCUAUAUACAAAGCGUCUUGAUGGACACGGUUUGACUUGAUACUGAGCCCGGAUUGUCAAGGAUCAAGGUUCAUCUAUAUAAAUAGUCCGGGUUGUUACAGAUUCACUGUAUACAGGAUCUGGAUUGUCUAGGUUCCACUGUAGUCCGGAUUGCUAAGAUUCAACAGAAUACUGAGUCCGGAUUGCCAAGGUUCCAUCGUUUACUGAGCUCGGAUUGUUGAAGUUCCACUGUGGUCCGGAUUGUUAUUGAGGUUCCACUGUAGUCCGUAUUGGUAAGGUUCCACUGUAGUCUGGAUUGUCAAGGUUCCACGGUAGUCCGGGUUGUCAAGAUUCCGCAGUAGUCCGGAUUGUCAAUUUCCCCCUGAAUACAGAGUCCGAAUUAUCAGAGUAAAACUCUAUGAAGAGUCUGAAUUAUUAAGGUUUAGAUGUAGUCCGAACUGUCAAGGUUCCGUUGUAGUCCGGAUUGUCAAAUUCCACUGUAGUCCGAAUUGUCAAGGCUCCACUGUAGUCCGGAUGGUUAAGGUUCCGUUGUAGUCUGAAUUGUCAAGGUUCCACUGUAGUCCGGAUGUUCAAAGCUCGAUUGUAUUCCGGAUUGUUAAGGUUCCACUGCAGUCCGGAUUGUUAAUGUUCCACUGCAGUCCGGAUAGUUAACGUUCCACUGUAUACUGAGUCCGGAUUGGCAAGGUUCCGUUGUAGUCCGGAUUGUCAAGGUUCCACUGCAGUCCGGAUGUUCAAAGUUCGAUUGUAUUCCGGAUUGUCAAGGUUCCACUGUAGUCUAGAUUUUCAAGGUUCGAUUGUAGUCCGGAUUGUCAAGGUUCCACUGUAGUCCGGAUUGUUAACGUUCCUCUGCAGUCCGGAUUGUUAUGGUUCCACUGUCGUCCGGUUUGUUAACGUUCCACUGUAUACUGAGACCGGAUAGUUAGGGUUCUAAUCUGUAAAGAGUUCGGAUUGUUUAUGUUAAUCUCGAUCCAUUACACGAUAUUACGCAUUACUACUGUAGGAAUUCGCAAUGAGGAAAUAGUGAUAUAAAAAAAUUACUAGUCAAGGUUCCACUGUAGUCCGAAUUUUCAAGGCACCACUGUAGUCCGGAUUGUCAAGGUUCCGUUGUAGUCCGAAUUAUCAAGGUUCAGUUGUAGUCUGGAUUGUCAUGGUUCCACUGUAGUCCGGAUGUUCAAGGUUCGAUUGUAUUCCGGAUUGUCAAGGUUCCACUGUAGUCCGGAUUGUUAACGUUCCUCUGCAGUCCGGAUUGUUAACGUUCCGCUGUAGUCCGGAUUGUCAAUUUCCCCCUAAAUACGGAGUCCGAUCUAUCAGAGUAAAACUCUAUGAAGAGUCUGGAUUGUUAAGGUUUAGAUGUAGUCCGAAUUGUCAAGGUUCCGUUGUAGUCCGGAUUGUCAAGGUUCAACUGUAGUCCGAAUUGUCAAGGCUCCACUGUAGUCCGGAUGGUUAAGGUUCAACUGCAGUCCGGAUUGUCAAGGUUCCGUUGUAGUCUGAAUU